AUGCACCGGAUUCGUUCGUGGGCGAAAGCUCACGCGUCUAAUGGCAGUACAACAACUCCCACCCCUACUGGCGAACCCGACGCCAAACCCCCCGACGAAGAAGCUAGUCCGGCCUCGCAGCAAGAUGGACAAGUGAACUCGGGUGCUCAGGGCCCGGCAAGUCCGGAGUCGAAUAGUGAACACGAUGGAGAAAUCUCCAAACCAGGACUUUGGGUCCGGAUGAAGAAUGGCAGCGUCCGGUUCUGCAAACAUACCAAGACGGCUUUGUGUCACAGCUGGGUCAAUGUCCUCCUGGUGUUUGUGCCGGUCGGUAUUGCGGUCGAAGCCGCGGGUUUGAACCCUGCCGUUAUCUUUGCCAUGAAUGCGGUUGCUAUCAUCCCUUUGGCUGGGUUGUUGAGUCACGCUACCGAGUGCGUGGCUAGUCGCUUGGGAGAUACCGUGGGUGCACUGAUCAACGUGACGUUCGGAAAUGCGGUAGAGUUGAUUAUCUUCAUCGCUCUUGUUAAGAAUGAGAUCCGAAUCGUUCAGGCGUCCCUGCUGGGCUCCAUCCUGGCAAACCUACUGCUCAUUCUGGGCAUGGCGUUCCUCCUGGGAGGCCUACGCUUCCAGGAACAGUACCGUCACUCAAAUGAGUGCCUGUCUUCUAAGUUUGAGUGUCAUGAGUUUGCUCCUACCAGUCAGUCUCAACACCCCACCUUCCCCGCUCUUCCUAACGAUCUACAGACCGCGUUCCACGCUUCUUGGUCUGACAAUAUUAAUGCCGAUAAAUACACUCUUAAAGUCAGCCGUGGAACAAGUGUUGUCUUGCUCCUCGUGUACAUUCUGUACAUUAUUUUCCAGCUCAAGUCCCAUGCCUAUCUCUAUGCUAGCAUCCCACAGCAGAUCAUCGAUGAGGAGUCCCAUCCGGGCGUGUUGGCCGAGUUCAUGAACUCAUCCGACUCCUCGAGCAGCUCGUCUGACGAAUCUGUCGACACGACUACAUCAUGGUCGACUGCCAAACGGAUCAAGAGGGCCAUGAAAUAUCGACGACGUCGUAAGUCGAGUACCAGCUCCAAGGACACCAAUCUGCCCCAAUCCUUGCGCAACAACUCGCUGGUUGAAAUGCCAAGCACCGGAACAAGCGACCGCAACGGCUCAAUUGUCGGCUCGACGUCUAGCCAUACGGAUGAGAAAACAUCCCAGCCAUCGAACAACGCACCCGACCGCUAUGAAGCAGACAAUUAUGGCCACCGAUUUAAUGCACCACAAUCGAGAGAUUUCGGUCAAGACGUCGGUUGCAAGUCUUCUAAACGACAACCAAAAAGCAAGAAGCGUCACGGCAAGGAAAAGAAGAAGAAACUACUCCAGGGACCAGAAAAGCAAGAGGUCGUCGUUGACAGCAACCCUGUCCUUAAGCGGCCGCAGCUGAAGUCGUACAUGUCAUCGCCCGUCGCCCGCUUUGAAUCUAACCCUGUCAAUGCCACUGUGGAGGAUUCGAACGAGCUUCCGAAAAGACGAUCUCCGUUCCGUCCACCCUUCCCUUCGUUGCUUUCAAACACGGUCUUUUCGAGCUCGACAGGCCCUAGCGGUGUCCCGCAGGCAGGUCCUUCCGGUCCUGUGACUGGUCUGCGCCGCACCAACUCUCUCCCCAGCUGCAUGAACCGUCAGCCUCCCGUCGGCAAUGCGGUCCAGUUUGCUCGAGGUGCGGCACGCAUGCCCACGGCCGUCAAUCCGGUGACCACCGAAACGACGCCUCCCCAACAUCAGCCGGAUAUGUCACGCACGUCAGCUGUCGUCAUGCUGCUGGUAUCCACGGGCCUUGUGGCGGUGUGUGCCGAAUUUCUAGUCGACGCCAUCCCGAUGAUGGUUAAAAGCUCCAGCGUCAGCGAAGCCUUCAUCGGUCUGAUCAUCCUGCCCAUCGUCGGCAAUGCGGCAGAACACGUGACUGCCGUGAGUGUGGCCACGAAGAACAAAAUGGAUUUGUCCAUAGGUGUGUCCGUGGGUAGUAGUAUUCAAAUUGCCAUCUUUGUCACGCCUCUCGUCGUCAUUCUGGGCUGGUGCAUGGGCAAGGAGAUGUCCUUAUACUUCACGCUCUUCGAGACCAUCUGUCUUUUCGUCACGGCCUUUGUCGUCAAUUUCCUGGUCCUGGACGGUCGCAGCAAUUAUCUCGAGGGAUCCUUGCUAAUUGCCGCCUAUGUGAUUAUCGCGAGACAGUUCAGAUUCACUGGCAGCGCCCCUGUUGCGGUGUCCGGAGACGCCGUAGGGAGAAUCAUCGCUUGGCUGUGGCUGGUAGGCAGCAAGGCGAGGCUUGAUGGAUCAUCGACCACCAAUCAAACCGGAUCGUUGAGCACCGGUGUGGCGCAGCCCGGUGCGGGUGGCUCCCUCGCGGCGUUCCGAUUGGCCCGACAGUCUCCGGCCGCUGCCGCUCUGUGGCGCCAAGCAGACAAAUGGAUACCUUACGGAACAUGCUGCCUUAUUAUAGCAGCAGCUCUUACUGGACUCGGUCUAGAAUGGGGGGUGAACGACUCAUCUUGCCCCUAA